AUGCGAGCACUAUGGUCCCAGAUCCCCCGGCCUAGAUUAGGAGCUUCCUCCCCUCUCUAUGCCAACGACCAAGCGGUUGCAAUUCUAGUUCGCAAGACUACCACUGCUCCUCUCAAGCGACGCCUGACCUUCAACGAUGCUUUCACUCUCCUCCUCACUCCGGUUCUCGCGACCGCGUUCGUUGUCGACACCAGCUGGAAAGAAAAGCAACGCAGAGACUGGGAUAAGAAGAUUGCGGAAAUACAAGAUGAGAUAGAUCAGUUCAAUGCCCGGGAAAUACGAAUUUUGAGCUCUCUGCGGGUGCAGUCCACCUCUAGGAGUCUUCUCCAGCAGCGUCGGCAUUAUUCGGUCCUUGCGGAUCCACAACCAUGGGAAGAGCAAGACGAUGGUGUAGAAGAUGAGGGCAACUUGGGAGCUCCACGAUGGUCCGCCAACGAUACAUCUCACACAGUGAACGAACUGUCCGUCAACGAGAUACUCUCUACGUAUGACCAAGAAAUUCGAGAUUUCAUUCCCGACUUCGAACCUGACGACUUCACCUCUUCCUCCGAGCCUGCCAAGUCAUAUUCAGAUCAAGAAAUGUCAGCAGGGCACCGGUAUCAAAGGCUGAUAGCGACAAUGCUAGCCAUUCGGCUGAUCACCCACUUUCAUAUCUCUACAACUGCACGUCUGAUCCCUGACGAGGAGGAAUCGAAUCUUCAUCUUGGUACAAAACAAAUCCCCGACAUCGAUGAUAUUCCUGCGCUUGUGGCAAUGAACUACAAACUCAGACAAGAGCUGAAAGACCUGAGGCGCGCUUCACUUGAUCUCCACGGAUUGGGAGCCCAGAUGCAGAGAAUGUAUCGUGGAAGUCUCUUGAAUAUGCAACUGGUAGCUCUAGUGCAGGAUUUUAAAGACCAGAAGCUGGACCCUUUCGAAUUUGUGAAGGGUUACAGUACCUUGGUAUUGAACUCGGACCAAGUCCCAUGUACUGAAACGUAUGUCAAGAUCUUGGGCGCUUUAGGAAGGGCUGGAAAUCACAGCAUGGCCUACUACGUCAACAGUGCAUUGAAAAACAGCCUUUUGCCCUUGACCGAUAGCGCGGUUGGGCAUAUGUUGUAUCAUUAUGGCCAGAGCCGAGACACUCAGCAAGGCGAAAUGUUUUUACGACGACUUAUUCAAUCUGGCUCUCCAUAUAAUCUGGCGACCAAGUGGCAGUUGUAUCAGACCAGGAAUGGUACUAUCCCCGUACCAGAAAACCUCAAUCCGCAACUUCUACAACUUCUGGUAUAUAUGGCUCUGAGAGGUAACCAGCCAGAACGAGCGGAGAGCUGGUAUUCAUUUCUGAAAGAGAUCAACUACGGCGGCAGAGCCAUGUCGCAUCUCUUUUCAUCCUUUUUAUAUCAUUAUGCUCUAGUGCAGCAUUGGGAGAAAGGUCUCGUAUGGCUUCAAAAGGGCAUACUAGACGCCAUACAGAUCGCCUCAACAUCUUUACCGGGAUUGAGCAAGGUCAUUUUCAGAAUGCUUGAUCUUUGUGUCGCUUGCCGGAAACACGCCGAAUAUGCCACUAUUCUCGAUGCCGCUGUCCGUGCAGGCAUUCCCCCUCCACAACUCCAUAAGUAUCGGCGAAAGAGGUUUACGCCCAGAGCCCAGAGUAUUCUCCUAGAAUGGGAGUCUUUGGCAGCCGCUAAACAAGAUCCUGAGGAUAUUUUGCCACGUGACAGAGCUAUCAUGUUCCAGGACAUGUGCACACUUCAUGACUCUAGUCUUUUGAAAACUAUAUCUGAGAAUCACCAGCCAUCAGGGGAUGAGGAUGAGCUUGCGACAACGCUUCCAACCGCUCCUACUCCAGAUACUGUGGUACCGAUCACCCGUAGUUUUUCGACAGAUCUUGUUGAAUCAGAGGAAGGAUCGGAUCUAAGUAACAGCCUACUAAAGGACGAGCCGGGACCAAUUGCUGAGAUGCAAAAACAACUUGACACUGCUCAUUCAGAAUUCCAGUUAACCAAGGCACGAGCUGCGUCACAAAUGAGCGCCAUAGAUCUUCUCGAGCGGAAGCAGGACGAUCUAUUCGACCGCUUUCGUGAGUUUUCCCAAAAAUUGUCGCCACUUGAGCCUUUACCAGCGGAAACUACUGCACUGAGGGUAGAUAUCACUGCGCUAAAAGCAAACUCCACUACACUGAAGACUGAGUUUUCUAAACUGAAGGCUAAGACCACUAUACUAAAGGCAGAUACUACUGCACUGAAGGCAGAGUCCGCGAAGCUAAAGGCUGAGACCACUUCGCUAAAGGCUGAGACCACUACGCUGAAGGCUGAGAUCGCUACGCUGAAAGCAGCAAUCGCUACGAUGAAAGCAGAGAUCCUUCGACCGAGAGACUCGCCUGUACUUGAACCCUUGACACUACCUACGUCGACACAGCCAACAGCAGGCAAACCCACUGAAUCCGAAAAAUCUCCCGAAAAUAAGCCAUUCUUAUCACCUCGCAUGAUACUUCGAAAAAUAGUCGCGUUAAGCGCAGAACUAGCGGUAGCAAAAAAGACACCCACGCCUGAAUUAUCUUUACCAAGAAAAUUGGAGUUGGCACAGAUGAGAGUAGAACGAAAACAGCUCCAAAAACUUCUCGAAACCCAAAGAGCCGGGAAGGCUGAGCGAAGAGCAAGGACACCUGGUCUCGGCUCCAGGACGAUGGACAUUGAGAAGGGCGUCGAAGCGCCCAUUGACGAAGACACGCCGGAAACCCCUCUCCCAGCUACAGCGUCGCAGCCUCAACAUGACUCCCACGAGGAGAUGCCGAAUCCUUCGUCGGGCGCGACAACGCCACCUACGCCGAGUGCCAGUGCGCGACCCGACCGUCAAUCCAAGAAACGCAGGCCCGGGCCCGCCGAACAAUACCGCCUCGAUCUGUCCAACAUCGGCCACGCGAUCCCAGACAUCAAGGACUCGACCCCGAUCGGCACGGCCGGCGCAGCCGAAGACGAUGCCGACCUCGACAACCACGCCGUCAUCCGCCGGUAUUACGACGUUGACUUGGAGGCCGACAAGUGA